AUGGAAAAAUGGUUCUCAUUCUGUCCCUUCUCAGGUGCUCCAAGCCCCCUUUCAUUCUUGCAACGACUUGACAUCCUGAUUGGAGUUGCCAAGGGAUUGCAUUACCUUCAUGAUUUUGGCAUUGUGCAUCGCGACAUCAAGCCAGCCAACAUUCUUCUUGAUGCAAAAAUGCAUGCCAAGAUUGCCGACUUUGGGCUGGUGAAACUCACUGGAGGCUCCGCUAUGGGCACGUCUGUAGCUGCCACUCGAGUGAUGGGAACACCGGGCUAUGUGGACCCCGCCUACUACAAGUCCCACAAGGCCACUCCAGCAGCAGACGUAUACAGCUAUGGUGUGGUGAUGCUGGUGGUGAUCUCAGCACGCAAGGCCGUGCAUGUCAGCGAGACCAGCCAGAUCAGCCUGAAGCAAUGGGUGAGGCACACUUGCUUGAUCGCCCCAUUCGUGGAGUCAGAUGCCGUGGCAGUGUUCAAGGACCCCAACAUGGAUGCACCAGAUGACUUGGUGCUAGGCUGGGCUCGCCUUGCCCUCUCCUGCACCGCCAUGCCGGCAGCCUCCCGCCCCUCCAUGAAUCAAGUGCUGGGGGAGCUGGUGAAGUUGAAGCAGGAAGCAUUCGGACCACAUGCGAGCCAUGAGGGCGAGGCCAAGUCUCGCAUCGACAUGGAGCUUGGGAGUUCCAUUGGCUCCUCCAGCUUCACUGCUGAAAUGGCCCGUGCAGAGCGCGAGGGCAUGCCAAGUGGCUCUUCCACAUAA